AUGUCGGAUUACAAUAAACCAAGCUGCAGUCGCUCUGGAGGUACAUUAGUAUGCAAUGUUAAGCCGAAACAUGUAAGAUCUUUGAAUUUUGGACAAUCGAUCCUCGAACUCAAUGCCAUUGACCAGUGCUACGUACCGAAUCGCGUCCUCGUAAUCGACAAGAAUGUAGCUCACAUACCAUGUACCGAGAAGAAGGAUUACGUGCUUAAGUGGCUCGAGACUCUCGAGAAUGGCAAAUGCGAUCCAUCUCAGAUGUCCACCGUUUUAGAAACAUCAAAUACUACAGCUUCCCAGACAUCGCCGAUACUUGGUAAGGGCAGGAAACGAUUUAACAGAAAGAUCUGUGUAAAUAGAAACGCUGCAGAAAGAAGGCAGGGCAAUGUGGAUCACCAAGAGAAUGCAGGGCACUCUGCGAACUAUAUAUGGUCUAACAAUAAGUCAAAUGAUGAAUAUAAAAAGAAUAGUAAGGAAAAUAAACCUACGAGCGAGACGCAGCUUACACCAUCUGACACGAAAAAAAUAGUUGUUGACGAGACGUCUCCUAUUCUAGGUAUGCAUCGUAUUUUUAAGAAAAAGAGAAGAAAAAAAUUACAGUAUAAAGUAGAAGAUAGUGUUUCGCCAGAAUCUUCAAAAUUACCUGACCCUAAAAACUCAGGUCCAAAUAUAAAGUUAAUAACGAAACCUGAUAGUUAUUGUAAUAAUCCAAGAGAAAUGCCUAUGGACCAAGAUAAGUUGGAGAACAAUUUAGAUAUUAAAACUGAAACAUUUAUCAUCUGGACUCAAGCAAAGGAAAGUCCAGAGAAAUAUCAGAAAUAUAUAGAAACAAUUUCACCAUCGACACAAGAGAAAUUGAGUUUUGCUAACAGCUCAAGUAAUGAUACUGAUCGAAAUGAUUCAAGAAUAGAAACAGGUACAAACAAUGAUACCAAAAAUGAAGAAUAUAAUGGACUGACAAACACAUCUAGCAGUAACAGUAAUCUAAGUCAUUUCAUAGAGGAUGUUGAUACACAAGAAAUUGCAAAAACAUCUCAAUCUUUAAUAGUAGAUAAAUAUUCGAUCCCUUCAGGACAACCAUUUGACUUGGAUGAAGUUUAUUGUUCGGAAGCAGAAAUGAAGCCGAAUCAAAGUAUACCUCUUUCAACUAAAGUCUCUGAGGUGCAAUCUUUAAGCAAAACCACACAGAAGACAGGUAGCAAAUCGACUCAAACUGCCAUUAUUAGCACAAUAACAACACCAUCGAAAAAGUCUCCUAACAGGAAUAUGUUUGCACAUCUUUUGAACUCUGAAAAAAAACGUCGCAGACCUAAAAAAGGAAGUAUGGCUGCAAGAUUGCAUUCUUUGAUUAAUGCGCAAGUAUCCAGCAUUCGUAUAUGGCGUUAUCGACUGAAUAAGGAACAUGACAUUACAUCGGCACAGUAUAUCAGUAUAUUUGUACAUGAGUGCACAAAACAAUUUAGCAACCAAUUUCUGAAAGGUGUUCUAAUCGAGGAUCGCUUCAAUCUCCUGCAAAGCGAUGAACAGGCAGAGGCACAAAAUACUCAGGUUCAAUUAAAGGAAGUUUCAUAUAAAAAUAUAACAAUUAUGUUGGUCUGUGAUAUAGUCGGUACAUUAAAAAUGAUAUCUAAAGUUAUAAUUAACGUUUAUCCGCCUUGGAAUAUUUUAGACAAGGAUGAUCUUACCCUAGAAGCAAUGAUUAGUGUUAUAGGGACUCACAGCAGAUGGCUCUGCAGUCAUUAUGAUUUGCCAGCGUUUUGCUGUCAAUGUCAAGAAUAUCAAGAAGUUGUUUAG